AGGGAGGUGGACAUGGUGCGCAUAUUCAAAGUGUUGUUUGAUAGUGGAAAUGUGACUACGCCUUAAACUUCGACUGUAGCAGACGAUAAAACACUCCACCACAACAACACUAUAAUAUAAUAAACAUGUCGUUUUCGCUUUCGAUUCUUCUCCGCGAUCAGCGAAUCCGAGCUAGGGUUUUGCAGACCCCAGGGUUUCGAUUUCGUGUUCCCACAGCUGGAAAUUGAGCGGGAAAAUUUCCUCAAACUGACUUUCAAGCUCCAAUUAUGUAAUGUUGUUGAUAUCUCACUGAGUUCAUCAUCAUCAAUCCAAAGAACAUGAAUUCUUCAUCCACCCAGUUUGACACUUCUAGAAGAAUGGUUUUAUACGAGCCAAUCCACCAGAUUAGCAUGUGGGGAGAAAAUUUCAGGGGUAAUAGCUGUCCAGAUACAUCUGCAUUAGCAAUUCCAGCAGUGGAUACAAAACUAGACAACCAGUCUGAGGAUACUUCCCAUGGAACGCCAGGACCUUCUAACAAGUAUGACCAAGAAGCAACUAAACCUCUUGAAAAGGUACUGAGACGUCUUGCACAAAACCGUGAGGCUGCUCGUAAAAGUCGUUUGCGGAAAAAGGCCUAUGUUCAGCAGUUGGAAACAAGCCGUUUGAAGCUGAUUCAAUUGGAGCAAGAGCUUGAACGAGCUAGACAUCAGGGUGUGUAUAUAGGUGGUGGAUUAGAUGGAAGUCAUCAAGGUUAUUCUGGUGCAGCGGGCUCAGGUAUUGCUGCUUUUGAGGUGGAAUAUGGACACUGGGUAGAAGAACAAAAUAGACAAAUUUAUGAACUCAAGACUGCUUUGAAUUCUCAUGUAAAUGAUAUAGAUCUUCGCAAACUUGUGGAUGUUGGCAUGAGCCACUACUCCGAUCUUUUCCGCAUGAAAACUGUUGCUGCAAAGGCAGAUGUCUUCCAUCUCAUGUAUGGCAUGUGGAGAACACCAGCUGAGCGCUUUUUGCUAUGGAUAGGAGGGUUUCGCCCUUCAGAGAUCCUAAAGGUUCUUUUGCCACAGUUUGACCCUUUGACGGACCAACAAUAUUUGGACGUUUGUAACCUUAGACAAUCAUGUCAGCAACUAGAAGAUGCUCUGACACAAGGAAUGGAAAAACUCCAGCACGAUCUGGCUGAAAGUGUAGCAGCUGGUCAACUGGGGGAAGUAGGUUACGUGCCGCAGAAUUCACAGAUGGCUACUGCGGUGCAGUUGUUGGAAGAUCUGGCGAACUUUGUGAAUCGGGCAGAUCAUCUUCGCCAAGAAACCCUGCGACGGAUGUCCAGCAUCCUUACUACGCGCCAAGCAGCUCGAGGCCUGCUGGCACUGGGGGAGUACUUUUCACGCCUGAGGCAUUUAAGUUCGCUUUGGGCUGAUCGCCUUCAUGAGCCUGCCUAGUCAUUCAAUGGGUGUACACGUUCCCAAUUCCUUGUGGAACAGUCAGUUGCCUAGAACCAUGCUUCGGCAGCCACACGUACCCUCUUGUAAAUGUAAAUAAGCAUACAUGGACAUAAUCUUAGCAGCCGACAUUUUCGAGCAGCCUCCACGAUUGAGAAGCCAUAACCAUGAUAAGAUAGACUAUUUAUUUUAUCAAGAGAAGUUUGUAAUUGGAUUAAUUUUUAGUGUUGUACAUUAUAUUGUCUUGGGAGGAAUUUGUGAGUCUUGAAUUUGAAUUUGCAGAUGGAAUGUAAAUUGUGACAUACAGUGGUCUCCUUUAUUCUGAGUGUUGGUGAUAUUUAAAUGUAUAUUGUACAAAGUACUUCCUACAUGCUUUUGAAAUGAGCACAUGCUCAGGAAAUAAUUAAAGUCAAGAGGAGCAAAAGAACUGAUUUGUUUUGACGCUUUUGAUCGGAA